AGACAACAUCGGUUUUCCAGUGUAGCCGGAUCGUGCUUCACAUCAUCGAGAUAAGGAAAAAAGGGCUCGAGUUAUGUAAGAAUCGGUUACAUAAGGAUUCGACCGGCAGUCUCACACGCUCUUCGGGAAGAACGGUGUGCACCAGGUAGAAAAUCCAUUUUCAAAAUGGCCUUCAGGACCUUCACGAGGCGAUUGUACUCAUCCUCGUCGGUUGAACUUAAUGGGAUGUUCAUUCCGCUCACAACGCCUUUUAAGGCCGAUCAGUCGAUUUGCUACGAGAGCCUCGGAUCCAAUCUGAAGAAAUACGAGAAAAUCCCUUUCAAAGGGUAUUUAGUUUCUGGAACGACCGGUGAGUCACCUUAUUUGUCAUACCAGGAGAGGGUAGAUUUGGUCAAAUUCGUCAGGGAGAACACGUCCAAGGAAAAAGUAAUCAUCGGAGGAGUGACAACAGAGUCGACCAGGAUGUCAUGCGAUCUCACGCAAGAGUUGAAGAAAGCAGGCGCAGACGGCGUACUUAUCAUGCUUCCGUUUUAUUUCAAGAGAUUCAUGACUGAAGAUGCGAUUAUGACACAUUUCACGACCCUGGCGGACGAAGGCGGUCUUCCGGUCGUCGUCUACAACAACCCUUGGGUCACCGGGAUGGACAUCGGGACUCCCAUCUUGGCCAAACUGGCUCGGCAUCCAUCAAUCCGAGGCGUCAAGGAUUCUGACGUAAGAAAAAACACCGUUACUCUUAUGGAAACUAAAGGGUGCAACUUCGACGUUCUGACCGGUUCCGCCGGAUAUCUACUCGCAUCAUUAAUGAUUGGUUGUUCGGGCGGCUUUAACGGACUCGCGGGUAUCUUAGGUCAUGAACUCUGCAGAAUUUGCCAACUUGUCGAAGAGAAGAAGUUCGAGGAGGCGAUUCAGCUGCAAAUCAAAGUUUCCAAGCCUGACGUGCUGCUGCUGGCUGAAAUGGGCGUCCGAGGGCUGAAAGGGGCCAUGGAUAUGAAGGGAUACUUCGGAGGAGUUUGCAGGAAACCGGCCUUGCCUUUGAACGACGAGGAAAAACAUUUGAUCCGGGAAACCCUCAAAUCGACCGGAUUUUUAUGAACUGAUUAUACUUCAUGAUUGUUCUACAUGUCACAUUAAAUUUGUAACAAUAAAUCUUGUCAAUUAUUUAAUCAAAAA